AAAAAAAAAAAUUAGAUAUCAAAGUUAAGUAAAGGAAUUUAGUUUGUCCAACUCCUGAUGCUUUAAAUUUUGCUUGUCCUUUCUCUUCUAUUUCCCUCCUAUAAGUUUGCUGCCUAGACAUAAGAGUAUAUACACUCCAUAACAAAGCAAAGAAGAGGUGAAAAAACAAGUUGAUGAAUUUGUUGAGAGAUUAUUGAAUAUAUAUAUAUAUAUAGUUAUGGAAUUUCCUGAACUUUCUUUGGCUCCAUCUAUUGGUAAAAGCUACAAUUAUGAAUCUGAAGUAGUCAACCUUCCAAUGAAGAGAAAGCAAGAAAUGAUUCAAGCAAGUGUUGAUCUUCAACUUAAAGACCCUCUUCCUUUGGAUUGGGAACAAUGUCUUGAUCUUGAAUCAGGGAGAAUGUAUUACCUAAAUAGGAAAACAUUGAGGAAGACAUGGGAUUGGCCAAAAGACCAAAAGCUAGACCUUGAAUUAAACAUAUCAAGUUUCAGCCAACAAGAAACAAUGGAAUAUGAUCAUAACUACUAUAACUCAAAGAAGCAGAACAAAAGCAGCAACAACAACAGCAGCAGUAGCAGUAUGAUAGCUUUACCAUGUUCAAAUUGUCAUCUCUUAGUUAUAGUGUCACAGUCUUCUCCUUCUUGUCCUAACUGCAAGUUUGUUCAUUCUCUACUUUCUAAGAAAGAUCCUUCUACCACAAAAUGUUAUGACACUUUGAGUCUCUUGAACUAGACUUGUAGUAUGUACUACUGCAGUUGGUUCUGUUUGAAAAAUAGGUGUCAGUGCAAUGGAGAUUAAGUACGAUGAUAUGUCAUGUAGUGUUUUUUUCUUUUUCUUUUUCUUGUGUACGUGAAAUCGUAAAUAACUAAUGUUUAAGGUUUAAUUA